AUGGCAGGGGGUGACAGCGAGUGUGACACCGGGAGUGUGACACUGAGUGUGACAGAGCGACGGAACCGCCGGGACCCCUCCCCCAACCGCGACCCCUCCCCUAAUCCCGGCCAUGCCGCCCCCUCCCCUCCCCCCUCUCCUCCUCCUCCUCACCCUCCUCCCCCUCCCCUCCCCCUCCUCGCUCCUCCCCCCUCCCUCCCCCCCGUCCCCCCCCGGCCCCUCCCCCCUCCCCCCCCCCCCCGCCGCAGCCACCUACGUCACUCGGGAGGGGGCGGAGCCUCCUCCUCCUCCUCCUCCCUGGGGGCGGGGUUUCCCCGGGAUUCCCCCGCCGCUCCCCACCAUGACGUCAGGGCGGGGUCCCCGCCCCCCGCGGACUCCCCGGAGCUGUGCCACGGCUACUAUGACGUCAUGGGCCAUUACGACGCGGCCUUUAAUUGCUCGACGGGCGCGUUCCGCUUCUGCUGCGGCACGUGCAGCCUGCGCUUCUGCUGCGAGCACCGCGGGCGCCGCCUGGAGCAGCGGCGCUGCACCAACGCCCGGAGCCCGCCCUGGGCCCGCACCGCGCCCCCCGCGCCCUCCGCGCCCGGCCCGGGCGACCCCCGCCCCGGGGACCCCCGCGGGGUGGCGGCGCUGGCGGCCGGAGGGGCGGGCGGCGUCCCCUACGUGGUGUGCGGGGUGCUGAGCGUGGCGCUGGCCGUGGCCGUGGGCGCCAGGGCGGCCUGGGGGCGAGGAAACAGAGGAGGGGGCCACCGAGAGCCGGGGGGGGACAGAUCCAGGGCUCUCGUGGACGCGCUGCGGCACCAGGCGGGGGGGGGAGGGGCGCGGCCCGAGCGCCGCAGCAGCUGCGGGGGGGUCCUGGGGGCGCCCCCUCCCCCCGACUCGGGACCCCCCCGGCCCCCCAAAAACCUCUACGGGCCCGAGAGCGGCUACGCCCACCUGGGCUUCGGGACCCCCGAGCACCGCGGGGCCACCCUGGACUGGCGGGUGCCGCCACCCGCCCCCCUGAGCUGCUCCCGCUCCUUCCACAACCUCUCGCACCCGCCCCCCCCCUACGAGAGCCCCCCCCGGGCCGACGGCGCGCGCUGGGCCUCCCUCCGGCGCCUGGCCGACCGUGACCUGGAGGAUUUCGGGGGUCCCUGGGGCCCCCCCUGGGCGGCCCCGCCCCUCCCCCACCCCCGCGGGACGCUGCCCCUCCCCCCCCCGCGGGGCCGCCGCGUUCUGUCCCAGGAGUUCCUGGGAGGGGGCGGGGCCUGGGGCGGAGCCGGGGGCGGGACCCUUCCCAGGAACCGCCCCCGGAACCGCCCCCCGCUCUCUCACGCGGCCUCGCAGAGCAGCCUGGGAGGGGGCGGGGCCAUGGGAGGGGGAGGGGGCGGGGCGCCGUUCUCACCGCCCCCGCAGGGAGGGGGCGGGGCGGGGCCGCCCCCGCGGCGCGCGGUGUUCGGGGGCGUGGCGGGGGCGGGGCCGCGGCGGCAGAGCACGGCCGAGCUGCAGCUGCUGCCGCAGGGGGGGCCGCCCCCGGGCCCGCCCCCCGCGCCCCCGCCGGGACCCCCGCACCGGCUGCGCACCGGGAGCCGCACCGAGGUCACCGUCUGAGCGGCGGGGGGGAAACGGGCGGAAGAACGGGGAAAAUCGGGCAAAAACCGGGGAAAAUCGGGCAAAAAACGGGGAAAAUCGGGCAAAAAAUGGGGAAAAUCGGGCAAAAAACGGGCAAAAAACGGGGAAAAUCGGGCAAAAAAUGGGGAAAAAACGGGGAAAAUCGGGCAAAAAAUGGGGAAAAUGGUGCAAAAAUCGGGCAAAAACCGGGGAAAAUCGGGCAAAAACCGGGGAAAAUCGGGCAAAAAAUGGGGAAAAUCGGGGAAAAUCGGGGAAAAAUAGGGCAAAAAAUGGGGAAAAUCGGACAAAAAAUGGGGAAAAUCGGGCAGAAACCGGGGAAAAUCGGGCAAAAAACGGGGAAAAUCGGGCAAAAAAUGGGGAAAAUCGGGGAAAAAUCGGGGAAAAAAUGGGGAAAAUCGGGCAAAAAUCGGGCUAAAACCGGGGAAAAUCGGGCAAAAAUCGGGCAAAAAAUGGGGAAAAUCGGGCAAAAAUCGGGGAAAAUCGGGCCACAAUCGGGGGGGGAAAUGGCAAAAAUCGGGGAGGAAAGGGUUAAAAAGCGGGGAGAUAUGGUGAAAAACGCAAAAAUCGGGGGGGGGGAAUGGACAAAAAUGCGAAAAUUGGGGGAUAAAGGGUUAGAAAUCCGGGGAAACGGAGAGGAAGGGGUUAAAAUCGGUGGGAUGUGUCGAAAAUUGGGCAAAAAAAUCGGGGAGGGGAAAGGAGAAAUUUGGGCAAAAAAUUAAGGGGGAAACAGCGAAAAUCAGGGAGGAGAGGGUUAAAAUGGGUGCAAAAUGGUGAAAAUCUGGGGAGGGAAAUGGCGAAAACGGAGGGGAAAAGGGUUAAAAUUGAGUCGAAAUGGUGAAAUUUAUGGGGAACUGCAAAAAUCGGGGGAAAUGGGAAAUAUUUGGGGAAAAAUUGUGAAAAUCGAGGGGAAAAUGGGAAUAUUGGGGGAGAAAGGGUGAAAAUCAGAGGGGAAUGGGUUGAAGUUGAAGGGGGGAGGGAAAAGGUAAAAAAUGGGGAGGGAAAGGCUGAAAAUUUUGGGGGAAAACGGCAAAAAAUGGGGAAAACCCCAGGAAUGAGGGAGGAAAUCCCCCAAAACGGCCCCAAAUUGGGGAAAUCCCCAAAAAAUUCGGGGCCUCCCCUCAGAAAUUUGCGGAUUCCCCCCCCCCAGUUUGGGGGGUCUGGGAUCCCUUGGUGAUGAUGUCAUAAGACCGACAAUGAUGUCACAACCCAAAUGAUGAUGUCAGAGGACAACUGAUGACGUCACAGCCGCAGCGAUGACGUCAGAGGCCAAAACAGAGACGUGAUGUGGUGAUGGCGUCACUGGCAAUGACGUCACAGCACCUUUCUGUGGCCUUGUGGUGACGUCACAACUCCAGACGAUGAUGUCACCGCCCCCCCCACCUGUGCAGCCGAUGAUGUCACACCCCCAACAUGGCAGCUGGUGAUGUCACAGCCCCGCCCGUGGUGCUGAUGACAUCAUGCACUCAACCAUGAUGUCACAACCCCACAAUGAUGUCACAGCCCGACAAAUGAUGUCACGACAAUGACGUCACAGCCUCCCUGCCCCACCAGAGCAGCCGAUGAUGUCACAGCUCUGCCCGAUGAUGUCACUCUGCCCCGAUGACGUCAGCACUGUGGAUUUUUCCCCCGCCUCCUCCCUACCAGGACGUCACCACGAGGGGCGGAGCCACCGACGAUGACGUCACCUAUCACUGCCAAGGCCCCGCCCUUUAUCCACUGAUGUCACAGCGGGCUGGGCCCGCCCGUGACGUCACACACACGCCCCUCCUUCCUGAUGACGUCAUGCCCGCACCGAAGCCAUAGCGGGGGGAGGGGAGCCCCCGUGCCCUUGUGACCCCUUCCGUGACCCCGUGACCUCCCAGUGACCCCACGUGCCUUAGAGCUCCGCCCACCGCCCCUCCCCCCCUCGGGGCCCGGCCCCUUCUCGGGGUGGGGGAGGGGCGGGGGGGAGGGGAAUAAAGUGACGUUUCCUGCC